AUGUGUGCCCCUCUGCACAUGUCAGCAGUGGAGCAGAGCCAGUCAGUCAGAGCUGAGCUGAUGCCCAACCUUCCAGUGUUCAGGCUUUCAGCCCUGCUCAUAACUUUAAGAGAAGCACCAAUGACCUGCAGUGGAGGCAUGGUGAUGAGUGCCUUUUUUUGGUCUGUGGCCAUUAUGUGUUUGAUCCACACAGGCAGAGUAAAUGGAGACUGCUGGUUGAUUGAAGGUGAGAAGGGCUUUGUGUGGCUCGCUAUUUGCAGCCAAAACCAGCCACCUUACGAGGCCAUCCCUCAGCAUAUAAACAGCACCAUCGUGGACCUUCGUUUGAAUGAAAACAAGAUCAAAAGUAUUCAUUAUUCUGCCCUCAGCCGCUUUGCCAAUUUGACCUACCUUAACCUGACCAAGAACGAAAUAAACUAUAUCGAGGAUGGGGCCUUUGCUGCCCAGUACAACUUACAGGUUCUUCAGUUAGGCUUCAACAAGCUCCGUAACCUGACAGAGGGGAUCCUCAGGGGCUUGGGCAAGCUGCAGUACCUAUACCUCCAGGCCAACCUGAUUGAGACUGUGACACCCAAUGCCUUCUGGGAAUGCCCCAACAUUGAAAAUAUAGACCUUUCUAUGAACCGCAUUCAGCAGCUAGAUGGGUCCACUUUUACCACCUUAACUAAACUGACCACCUGUGAGCUCUACACGAACCCAUUCAACUGCUCCUGUGAAUUACUCGGAUUUGUGAAGUGGCUCUCAGUUUUUCCCAACAGGACUAAUGAAAGGAUGGUCUGUGACUCUCCACCAGGCGUCUCGGGCUAUAGCCUGCUGAGCCAGAAUCCAAACAACCCAACCUACCGAAACGCCCUUCACAUGCUCUCCACUGUGUGCACAGAAGACUAUGUGAUGCCGUCGUUACCUGUGCCCCCUGAACCCAUCACCCGCUUUCCAGACUCUACCUCCUGUGGAAUGGAGGGCUGCUAUUCAGGGACAGAGCCAGAUGAGGUCCGAACCAGUCCUACAUCAAUUGAGGUGGAGGUGCAGCCCGAACUGAAAGUGAAGCAAGUAUCACACACUGGUGCAACUAUCACUGUUAAGAUUCCUCAUCCCUACAAGAAGAUGUACAUCCUAGUUCUAUACAAUAACAGCUUUUUUACUAAUAUCCAAAACCUGAAAAGUCAUGAGGAGGACAUUGAACUAAAGAACCUAAAACCCCACACUGAAUACACAUACUGCGUGGCUUCCAUCCGUAAUGCUCUUCGAUUUAAUCAUACUUGUCUGAAAAUAACGACGGGGCCUUGGACUGGGAAGGAUAGAGGGACAAACAACGCAACAGCGACCCACUACAUCAUGACCAUCUUGGGGUGUCUCUUUAGUAUGGUCAUUGUUCUCGGAGUCGUCUAUUAUUGCUUGCGGAAAAAGCGUCAACAAGAUGAAAAGCACAAAAAAGCGGGAAGCCUCAAGAAAAAUAUAAUUGAACUGAAAUAUGGACAAGAGCUAGAAGGAGGGACUAUCUCUAGAAUGUCACAGAAGCAGAUGAUGGCAGGGGAGAGCAUGUCUCGCAUGCCAUACUUGCCGUCUGUUAGUGAGAUGGAGCAGUACAAAUUUCAAGAGAUCAGUGACACACCUAAAAUGGCCAAGGGCAACUACAUGGAUGUCCGAACCGGAGAACACCUUGAACGCAGGGAAUGCGAUAUGUCCAUGCCAGAGAACAGCCAAGGGUCCGUAGCAGAGAUUUCCACCAUUGCAAAAGAGGUCGAUAAAGUCAAUCAGAUCAUAAACAAUUGUAUAGAUGCUCUCAAGUCAGAAUCCACAUCUUUUCAGGGCGUGAAAUCUGGAUCUGUGUCAACUGCAGAGCCCCAACUCGUUCUGAUAUCAGAGCAGCCUCAGAGCAAGUCUAGCUUCCUAUCCCCGGUGUAUAAGGACAGCUAUCACCAUUCUCUGCAGAGGCACCACACCUCGGACAUCUCGCCAAAGCGACCCAGCACUGCCACUGGAGGCCCCAUGCACAGCCCCAGGCCUUACCGCCAUGAGUCCAAGUACAUAGAGAAGACCACACCGACGGGUGAGACGAUCCUCACUGUUACGCCAGCUGCUGCCAUUCUGAGGGCUGAGGCAGAGAAGAUCCGCCAGUACAGUGAGCACCGGCACUCGUAUCCUGACGCCCAGAUUGAGGAGUUGGAGGGGCCUGAGAGCCGCAAGCCCUCUAUUCUGGAGCCCCUCACUCGGCCCCGCCCCAGAGACUUAGCAUACUCUCAGCUUUCACCCCAAUACCACAACUUGAGCUACUCCUCCAGUCCUGAAUACUACUGCAAACCAUCUCACAGCAUCUGGGAGCGCUUCAAACUUCACCGUAAGCGGCACAAAGAUGAAGAAUACAUGGCAGCCGGGCAUGCGUUGCGUAAAAAAGUGCAGUUUGCCAAGGACGAGGACCUGCAUGAUAUCCUAGAUUACUGGAAAGGUGUAUCGGCUCAGCAUAAAUCUUAA